CUAGUUUGCCGUACCACGAGCAAGUUCACCCAUCACGUCAUCGGGCAGCUUACUAAACGCGACGUGUCAUGCCCGCCCCUUGGGCCUUUAUGCAUUAGUGCCCACUCAAUGCAAAGCGGCCUCGUUCCAACGCAGCACAUAUAAUACAGGGACGACGCGAUUAAUGUCUAUCUAUCCACAGAGUCUACUUUACGAUCCCACUCCACCGCGACACCACAACGAUGCGUUACACCGCGCUCGAUUUCCUCAUUGCUCAAUGGUCGACCCAGCACCCCGUCGUCAAAGCUGACUUAGCGGGAAAGACCGUCGUCGUCAUCGGCGCCAAUACUGGUCUGGGCUUCGAGGCCUCGAAGCACUUUGCGCAGAUGAACCCUGGCAGGCUUAUUCUUGGCUGCCGGAGCGAGAGCAAGGGGAUGGAGGCCGUAGAGAAGAUCAAGAAAGACACAGGAUUCUCAGCAGAGCUGUGGCUUAUCGACCUCGCCGAUUUUGGCUCCGUCUCUGCGUUCGCCGAUCGUUUCGAACAUGAUUGUGAACGGCUGGAUAUCCUGGUCGAGAAUGCAGGUGUUUCAACGGACAAGUACACAGUCAGCAAGGAUGGCUGGGAAACCUCGUCCCACAGUAUGCAGGUCAACGACCUCUCAACGCCCCUCCUCGCGCUGCGUCUGCUUCCUCUGAUGAUCAAGACCGCCCGAGAGCAUCAGAUAACACCGCGCUUGGUCAUCGUUGCUAGUGACGUGCAUUACUGGACAGAAAUAUCCAAGGAAGUUGCCGAGGACCCUUCACCGUUGUCGGUCUUGGGGGGUGCCGAGUUCUGCUCCGUCCCUAAGCAAAUGGCCAAUCGGUACUUUUUGACGAAGCUACUCAAUGUGUUCUUUGUGCGCGCCUUCAACGACCGCCUCCCUCUCGCCACGCCCGUCGUCAUCGACACUGUCAAUCCCGGGUUCUGCCGCAGCGAAUUAAUCCGCGAAGCAGUAGGACUCAUUAGACUCGUAUUCCCCAUCAUGCAGCUCCUCCUCGCGCAUCCGACCGAGGUGGGGAGCAGGCAGCUGGUGUAUGCUGCCCUCGGCGAAGGCAACGGUGAGAAGCUGCGCGGGCAGUUCAUCACGAACUACGGUGUCGCGGAAGUCAGCGACUUUAUUCUCACUCCGAUGGGUGUCAAGCUCCAGGACAGGCUUUGGGACGACUUGAUUGACAUCCUCAAGAAGGUGGAUCCAAAAGUGGAUGGCAUCGUCAAUUCCUACCUAUCGGUCCUAUAGUUCAACUUCGUUCAACUAAUUGUGAGAUGCAUUUGCAACCUGGUAGAAUGAGCACUUGUCGCCGGGAUAGGA